AUGGUUGACAACACCACGGUUGAUCCGCAAUCAGACUUGGAACCGAGGGAUAUGGUCUACUAUGAGAAGGUCGUCGAUACCUGCCUAGUCUAUCAGUCAAGCGCGUACAAGUUCAAGUAUUUGAGUGACCAAAAGCCAUCGGAAGCUUGGGUGAUUUUGCAGUCUGAUUCGGGUGGACUGACAGGGGUUCCUCAUACCGCAUUUUCCAAUCCUCUGGCACGCCCCAAUGACCCGCCUCGAGAGAGCAUAGAGGUUCGGACAUUGGUAUACUACGAUGAAUGA